UCAAGGGGCUGACUGGGGUCAGCUGGGGACUGCGAAUCGAAGGAGCAAGUUAAAAAGGGGCAGCAUGGAACAGAAGUGAGAGAAGACUCCUCUCCAGCAUCUAUUGCCAAAGGAGCAGAGCCCGGAGAAUGGCUGAAAAAUCAGAAUUGGUUCUAGAAGCAGCUUGCUUUGUGGUGGUGAAUAUGAGCCCAGCAGACGCCAUGGGCGCUGUUGGAGGGGAGCGAGUCUGUGCUUGACACAUGUGUUUCCCAUUGAUAGCUGGAGACAGCCCAGUAGCUCUAAGUUGGCCUGACAAAGCCAUAUUGAAGUACAGACAGAGUACGGUUUCAAAGCAGUCAGAAAAAGAACGGGAAUGCUGUUCAGGAAAUUCUUCAGGCAUGGGCAGGGACUUGGCUGCAGUUCUACAGUUGGAAAAUCUGACUGGAGCAGCUUCUGAGCGCAGGCUGGGCCUGCUCCCACUCUGCGGGCCCAGCGGCCGCCUCCUUCAAAGCCUCUUCAGCACACUCCGGGACUGGGGGCGAUUUUCAUCAGCCGCUUUGUGAAGCAGACAGGAGAGAUGCCUCAGGAACAGUACCCACACCACCGUAGCACCAUGCCCAGCUCCGAGGGGCCACAGGUAUACAAAGUGGGGAUUUAUGGCUGGCGGAAAAGGUGCCUGUAUUUCUUUGUCCUACUCCUGAUGAUUUUAAUACUGGUGAACUUGGCCAUGACCAUCUGGAUUCUCAAAGUCAUGAACUUCACGAUUGAUGGAAUGGGGAACUUGAGAAUCACAGAAAAAGGUCUAAAGCUAGAAGGAGACUCAGAAUUCUUGCAACCUCUCUAUGCCAAAGAAAUCCAGUCCCGACCAGGUAAUGCCCUCUACUUCAAAUCAGCCAGAAAUGUUACAGUGAACAUUCUCAAUGAGCAGACUAAAGUCCUAACUCAGCUAAUAACAGGUCCAAAAGCCGUUGAAGCUUAUGGCAACAAGUUUGAAGUAAAAGCAGUUUCUGGAAAAUUGCUCUUCUCUGCAGAUAACAAUGAAGUGGUAGUAGGAGCUGAGAGAUUAAGAGUUUUAGGAGCAGAGGGCACAGUGUUUCCUAAAUCUAUAGAGACACCCAAUGUCAGGGCAGACCCCUUCAAGGAACUAAGGUUGGAGUCGCCAACCCGGUCUCUGGUAAUGGAGGCCCCCAAAGGAGUAGAAAUAAAUGCAGAAGCCGGCAAUCUGGAAGCCACCUGCAGAACAGAGCUGAGACUGGAGUCCAAAGAUGGAGAGAUUAAGUUAGAUGCUGCGAAAAUCAAACUACCUAGACUGCCUCAUGGAUCCUACACGCCCACAGGAACGAGGCAGAAGGUCUUCGAGAUCUGCGUCUGUGCCAAUGGGAGAUUAUUCCUGUCCCAGGCAGGAACUGGUUCCACUUGUCAGAUAAACACAAGUGUCUGCCUUUGAGAGACUAUCCAUAGUGGACGUUGUCAGCAGCAUAAAGGCCUUUUUUUUAAAAGGUUUUAGACAUUGGCUGCCAGCUAUUUUUACUAGAACACAGAAAGCCUAUCAAAGACCUUUGGAGUGUGUGUGGGUAUGGGUGUGUGUGUGCGUGCGUGUGUUUGUGUGUGGGUGGAUAUAAAUAUAUAUAAAUAUAUAUAAAUAAAUAUAUAUAUAUCCUCUGUAUAAAAUGAGGUUUCAGUACAAAAGGAACCAUGGGUGACCCUGUGAUAUCCACUGUCAUUUCCAUCCCAACCCCACCACCUACAUAAUAAUAUCAAAACACUGAUUCAGGCCCAGUAUUCCCCAGACCCUUCAGAAUCACACAGUGUAUCAGACACUUACUGAAUAUUCACCCCCAUGUUUAACAGCGUAUCUUCUCCCUUAGUGUCAUUACAGGGCAGUGAUGGCGGGAAUCUCCAACUCCGUGCUCAGGUGCUGAGACCCUUGUAUUAAAAAUACACAUUCGGUUUCCUUUUUUAGCCUUAGUAAGGCCGGCCAACGUCUCCCUCUUCGAGCAAGGGAUGGGGCUGUGCCCUAGAAGUCAGCUGUCAAAACCUAAAAGGGCUGAUCUGCCUUUGCAGCCAAAUGUUUCAGGGCUUCUGUAGUCAGAAGAAUGAGGAGGAGGAAUUUUAGCAAAAUUGGCACUGCUCACUCAAAUCCUGCUAUCUUACUUCCUUCAAACUCACAUGUUAUCCCACAGCCAAAAUAGGGGCUACAAAUCAGCACAAAACAGGGUAACAGCUGCUCCUCAGUCGGCUGGAAGCUACUCAAUGGCCUGACAGGCAAGAAAUAAAUAGCGGUAUGUCUUUGUUUAAAGGAGAGAAAAUGGCUCAAAAGCUGUUGUGUCCUCACUUCCGACUGUUUGCAACACACCUUAGCCCAAAAUGAUCAAGUGAAUCAGAAUUCUUCAGAGCAGAACCCUACUCCAUCCGAAGUGAGUUGGAGAUAGAAAUCUAAGAGUAGUACAGGGAACCUAAUUAUUUUUUGUAUGUGUCUUGGGAUUGGUAGGUGAUUUAGAGACAUGCCUUUUAUUUUCAAAGGCAUGCACCAACUCUCCAGCUUCAGUCUUCUUAUAUGUUGUUUCAGUGUUGGGAUAUUCAUAGUCCUAAAUCCACCAUUAUGUUUUUCCCAAGAAUAGUGACCCAAGAAUCAGAAUCACAGAUCUAAAAAGGUACUCCAUGCCCCAGAAACGUUCACUGAAAAUUAAAAUAAACUGAGUCAAGUGUUUUAUCAGAAACACUGUGUCUCCCAGGGCCCAGAAGCAUGUGCUCCCAUAUGUGGAAGCAGCUCUCUAUUCCCGCCAUCAACUACCUCUCAUCACUCCACCUUCAUCGUCCUGCUCCAGGGUCACCCUGGCCAGCUCUUGUGCUGGGACAGGGGAUUACACCAUCUCUGUUCAAAGAGGGGGAAAUGUGCCUAUGCCUUAAGUCAAUGCACUCAGCAAGGAGAAGCACAUCUUAUUUAUCUUGUUACCUGUAGUUUAUUUUAGGUGAUUAGAGGGUAAUGGUUUAGUAAUGACUGGGCAUCUUAAAAGCUGGUAGACAAACCAAGUGGCUGACAGACGUGGACUCGGAACCCAGAAUGGAGACAGAUAUGGCUUAGAGAGUCCUGGAUGCCACUGGGCAAGAAGUGGCUCCACAAUCCUAAACGAAGUAGUGUUUAUAGGCCUGAGUGGAUUUGUUUUUUCCUCAACAAGUUUCUGAUUUUUUUUUAUUUCACAAGCAGGGAAAGAUUUGUCAUUAGUGAUGAAUACGUUGUUUGAUAUUUUUGAGAUGACACUGAAGUAUCAGGCUGAGUUCUGCACACAUGGUCUAUAAAAGCAAGUUGUGCAUUGCUUAGUCACUUGGGUGAGGAUCCUAGCCUGACCAGUGGUCCUACUGGCUUCCAGACCCUAGGAUCCCACCAGUCACUCCUCCUCCAUAUCCCAUGUAGAAGAAUUGAGUUGUUCAAGGGCAAGACUGCUUAGUUUGCAAUGCUAGAGUCUAAAAAAUGAAAACCAUAAAAAAAAAUCAAGUUGCUCUGAAUCAUUAAUAUUUAUGUCCUGCAGAGUCAUGUUGUCAGAAUCUGUGUGUACUACACACAGGGUUUUGUCAAACCAGGAGAGGCCCUCUGGGCUACUGAGAGCAUCUACCCCAUAUCAUUCAGAUAAAGAGUAGUGACUACAAGGUCCUUUGUAGCUAAAUACCUAAGACAAAGUAUUUUUAAGCAGGCAGGCUACCUUUAGAUUUUGACAAUUCAAAUACAUAAUCUAUAAAUGACAGGAAAGAUUCCCUGAACCUCUUUCCUAAUUUUGUUCCAAUCAUUACAUGAAAUUCUGAGAUCAGCACCUUGGGAAUUUUAUGCCAAUAAAAAAGGCUAGUGUGAUCCUACUUGCAGAAUUUAAUCAUAAAGAUAAUCAGACUCAAAUAGAGUAAAAAUAAUAAUGGUAAGCAAGAAUAAAAAUCAAGUAUCUACAUGGACUGACAUGAUAAAAAAAAAUUCUGAUUUUCAUUCAUGCUAAGUAACCACAAUAUACUAGGUAAUAGGAAAUUUAGCAAGAAUUAAAUCACGUAUUUCAGUUCAGACAUCAGAAUUCAGUAAAAUGCAUUUUAAAUUCUUCAACAUACAUUUUUUCCUCCCAAAUUCCUCCAACUAGAAAUAUUUGUCCAUGGUCAUGAGAGAAAGUUUUACCUGAGUUCUGGAAAAAAUAUCUUUUACAUUAAAUUCUGAUAACCUUUAAUUUUAAAAAAGUGAGAUUCUAAUUUUUAUAUGUAUUUUCUAGACAAUCAUACCGUUUAGUAUAUUCAUCAGUGAGUGGAUGGCAUGACAAACAAAAAGUUCAAAUGAAUCUUCAAUAUUCUAGAAGUUCUAGUGUACUAAUAAUUUUCAGAACAAUUUUAUAAAUGAAAAACCAAUCUCCAAGUAUGUUUGGCAAUUAGUUCUAUUUGUUAUCUGCUCAAUAAGUCAUAAAAGUUAAGUCUUGAGAAACUACUGGGGUAUGAUAGAGGUUUUAAAAAGCCCUUAUGGUGGCAUCUGUAUACAUGGAAACUUGGUGUGAGGCUUUUUAGUCAUUGUUGUACAAGGGACAGAUCCUAUAAACUUGAAUUGCCUUUAAUUUCCCUUAGGUGAGUUUUCUUUUGGAUUAUUUUCAUUGCAUAUCCAUCUACCACAGACCAAAGAUUGCUUGAGGUUUAACUCUAGAGCAGAGGUCAGCAAACUCUGGUCCUAAAUCAAAUCUGGUUCAUCACCUGUUUUUGUAAAUAAAAUGUUAUUGUAAUGCAGCCACAUCCAUUCAUUGAUAUGUUGUCUGUGGCUGAUUUCAUACUGUAACAGCAGGGCUGAAUGUGCCACAGGCAUCAUAGCUUGCAAAGCAUAAAAUCCCUACCAUUUGGCUCUAUACAGAAAAAGUUUGCUGACCCCUGACAUAGAGGUGAUUUGUGGUAUGUGUUGAAUACAUCAGAAGAGAAAGCAAACUUCAUGAUAGCAUGAAGUAAGCCUACCUUUCUAUGUUUGCUGGGGAAUAUAAAUUCUUGGCUAUAGAAAAAAGUCAGCCUUAUGCUACUUGUAAAAGUGAUCCACUUGUCUGAGAAAUGUAGGCUCACAGGGCUCAUGGGAUGCUGGGGAGCAGUGAGUUUGGAAUUAAAAGAGAGCUUAGUGUAACAGGAGAGCCGUGACCUUCCAACUCAUUUUGUCUUAGGACCCUUCAUAAAUAAGUGGUUUCUUUGGUCGUUAUCUUAUGUGACAAAAUGAAGUAGGAGUCCUAUGACUUAAAUUUAGACUCUCUUUCCUAAAGAAUUAUUUCUGCAAUCUCAGAGGUUUCCAUGUCACCAUCGCAUAUUCCAGAAAUAUGCCCAUUCCAUGGCCCUCUAGAAUUCUCUGGACCUAACACAUCUUUUGACAUCCAUCACCUCAGUUGUUCACAGUUCUGGUAUGCUUGCCGUUCCUAUGAGUGCACCAGGCCAGAAGGUGUGGUGGAACCAAUAAAUAAUUAGAGAUAUUGGAAGAAGCAUCUUAAAUUAUGUAAGAAGAAAAAAAUGUAGUGCAACUCUUUCAUGAAGCUAUUCUGGGGGAAACCAAAUUAAUGCCAUUUGGUUUUGUUUCUGAGGACCUGGGUUUUUGUUCUUUGGUGUAGUGGGAGUGCAAUUCAAAGAUGAAUUCCAACAUCUCUGCCUCUGUGUGGUAAGGCAGGUUCCUACCAGAGCAACAUCUCUAUUGCUAAUCCAGGGCUUCAUACUCACACUCAAUGUUGUUAAAAUAGCCCCAGUUAGGAAUGAUUCUUGGCAGCAUGCUUAUUCAUGUCUAGGAGGAAAGUUGUGGGGUUUUUUAAUGAAAACAACCACCAUUUACCAGAGCCUAAUCAACAUCAAUUAAAGGAGUCCUUUGGCAUUUUAUGUGGAUUUAACCAAAAGAGGGUUAAAUUGGCAGCACUGCCCUUCAUAAGAACAGCUACAUAAGAAUAUCUUGCUUUUGUUUAUUUUGGGCAAAAGGUAGCAUUAUGUUGGGACCAAUGAGGUAAAUUGAUCCACAUAAGCACCUGAUCUUUAUUUUAUAAGGCUCUCUGAAAGGUGAAAUCUCAUCUAAAUAAGCUGUAAAUAAGAUCCAUUUCCUCUCUUUCCCCUGGGCUGGGAAAUCUUAGGCACAAAAAGGAUAAUGAAGCAGUUCCUGGAAUGAUACAUUUGCAUGGUGCCCCAGUAGCAGGUGGAAAAAGAAGUUACAAUAAAAGAAACAACCUCAGAAAACAGGCCUUUUAUCUCAAAGAUAAAAUGUCUCUUUUUGGUCUUUCAUCUUCCCCCUGGGUAGAAGGUUCCUCCAGUUCCAACAUAUUUCCAUUAAAAAUAGUCAAAAGCUACUGCACUGGGAUGUCAGAUGCAUCUCUUUCUUUGUGGUAAUCGGAAUUUAAAAUUAUACAGUUGCCUAUGAAUUUCUCAUUCACAAAGCUAAACCACUGAUAAGAGAUAAAGCAGUCUGAAGCCUGCUGCUUCGGCCAGCGCAGCACACCACC